UGAUAUCAGAUUCUACAAAAAUGAAGCACUCAAGUCCAUAUUUGACUGUUGUUGUAAUUGGUCUUUUAUUUGCAUUAGCAUAUUCUACAUCUCAUACUCAUGAUCAUGAACAUUUCCUUCAGUGCCUUCAACUUCAGAACUCCACCUCAAUCUCUGAGGUUGUUUACACCCCUUCCAAUUCCUCUUAUUCCUCUAUACUGCAGUUUUCCAUUCAAAACCAUAGAUUCUUAUCCAAAACAACUCCCAAACCCCUAGUCAUUGUGACUCCCCUCCAUGCUUCCCAUGUUCAAGCCACCAUAAUCUGUUCCCAACUCCAUGGCUUGCAGAUUCGAACUCGAAGCGGUGGCCAUGACCUUGAGGGACUCUCCUAUAUUUCACAAGUUCCAUUUGUUAUCAUUGAUUUCAUGAAGUACAGAAAUAUCCAAGUGGAUGUAGAAAAAAGAACUGCAUGGGUUCAAGCUGGGGCAACUAUAGGUGAACUUUACUAUAGCAUCAGCAAGAAAAGCAAAACUCUGGCUUUUCCAGCAGGUAUAUGCCCCUCUGUUGGAGUUGGAGGGCACUUCAGUGGUGGUGGCUAUGGAUACUUGAUGCGUAAAUAUGGCCUUGCUGCUGAUAAUAUAAUUGAUGCUCACAUGGUUGAUGUGAAGGGUAGGUUUCUUGACAGAGAAGCAAUGGGUGAGGAUCUUUUCUGGGCCAUUAGAGGUGGUGGUGGAGCAAGCUUUGGAGUCAUCCUAGCAUGGAUGGUCAAACUAGUUCCAGUUCCACCAACUGUGACAGUUUUCAGAGUUGAAAGGACUUUGGAGCAAAAUGCAACUAUGCUCGUUAUGAAGUGGCAGAUUGUGGCAAUUAAACUUCAUAAGGACCUAACCAUCAGGCUCAUAUUAACGACAAAAGCCAAAUUCGAAGCCCUGUUUCUUGGUGGUAAGGAUAAACUCAUUCCAUUGAUGCAAGAACGCUUCCCAGAAUUGGGUUUGGUCAAGGAAGAUUGUACUGAGAUGAGUUGGGUAGAGUCAACGGUUUACAUGGCUGGAUCAAGUAGUAAAUCCCUUCAAGUUUUGCUGCAAAGAACUCCAAGCCCGCCACAAAAUUACAAAGGGAAAUCUGACUUUCUGAAACACCCCAUUCCUGAAAGUGGUUUAGAAGGAAUAUGGCAACUAUUUAAGGAGAACGGGGACAAAGAUGCAUUCAUGGAACUAGUUCCUUAUGGGGGAAUAAUGGAUGAGAUUCCUGAGUCCGAACUUCCAUAUCCACAUAGAUCCGGAAACUUGUGCCUUGUUGGUUACAUAGUUCCCUUGCACCAAGAAGACGGAGAUGAAGUAGCACAAAGGCACAUCGAUUGGACGAGGAAGCUUUAUAGUUAUAUGGAACGUUUUGUGUCAAAGUGUCCUAGAAAAGCAUAUAUCAACUAUAGAGACCUUGACAUUGGGGUGAAUAACAUUGAUGGCUACACAUCGUAUGAGCAAGCUAGCAUUUGGGGUCACAAGUAUUUCAACAAUAAUUUCAAAAGGUUGGCACUUGUCAAGACUAAGGUUGAUCCUCUUAACUUCUUUCGGUACGAACAAAGUAUACCUACUCUCCUGUGUUUAAGGCCUAAGGGACACAAGUAGUAUAAAAAUUUCUUGCUAUAAGAGGGUGUAAUAAUGAGUGGAUUAAUAAUAAAUGG